AGAUUCACGCGCCGCCGGUCAUUUGCUGUGCGCGCGGAGAGACGCGAUGCGCUGCGCCCCGGGAGCCGCCACCCUGCCGCAUCCUCUCUAGCGCUCCGACACCUCGCUUUGUCGGCGUCUCUCUUAUUUCAGCUCGAAGGAAUCGAAGGAGGAUUGAGGAAAAAAAAAAAAAAAGGAGAUAAAAUGUCUCUAAAAUCCAAGCAGUGCGAGUCGGUGAAGGUGGUGGUGCGCUGUCGGCCGCUGAACCGGAAAGAAGAGGCGACCGGUUAUGACAGCAUCGUGGACAUGGACGUUAAAUUGGGCCAGGUGGCGCUGCGGAAUCCCCGAGCGGCUCCCGGAGAACCGGACAAGACGUUCACCUUCGACGCCGUGUACGAUGCAGGAUCCAAGCAGAGCAACCUGUACGAUGAGAGCGUGCGGCCGCUCGUGGACUCGGUGCUCCGCGGGUUUAACGGGACGGUGCUCGCGUACGGACAGACCGGCACCGGGAAGACGUACACGAUGCAGGGGGAGUGGACGGAGGCCGAGCGGCGCGGCAUCAUGCCCAGCUCCUUCGAGCACAUCUUCACGCACAUCUCCCGCUCUCAGAACCAGCAGUACCUGGUGAGAGCGUCCUACCUCGAGAUCUACCAGGAGGAGAUCCGAGACCUUCUGACCAUCGAUCACAGCAAGCGCCUCGAGCUGAAGGAGAGCCCCGAGUCGGGUGUGUACGUCCGAGACCUUUCGUCCUUCGUGGCGAAGAACGUCAAGGAGAUGGAGCACGUGUUGAACGCGGGAAACCGGACGCGAUCCGUAGGUGCCACGGACAUGAACGAGCGCAGCUCUCGGUCUCACGCCAUCUUUAGCGUCACCGUGGAGUGCAGUCAGCCUGGUCCGGAUGGCCGCAACCACAUCCGGGUGGGCAAGCUGAACCUCGUGGACCUGGCCGGGAGCGAGCGCCAGAGCAAGACGGGAGCACGUGGUGAGCGACUCAAGGAGGCCACUAAAAUCAACCUGUCUCUCUCUGCACUGGGCAACGUUGUAUCGGCGCUGGCCGAUGGCCGCGGUGCUCACGUUCCCUAUCGUGACUCCAAGCUCACGCGCCUGCUCCGGGACUCCCUCGGCGGGAACGCCAAGACCGUGAUGGUGGCCACGCUCGGCCCGGCGUCCUUCAACUACGAGGAGACUCUGACCACGCUGCGCUACGCCAGCCGCGCCAAGAACAUCAAGAACGUCCCACGUGUCAACGAGGACCCCAAGGACGCGCUGCUCCGCGAAUUCCAGCUGGAGAUCGCCCGGCUCAAGGCACAACUCCACCGACAAGGCAUGCUGAGCGCCAAGAGGAAGAGGAGGCUCAAGAGAAGCACAGACCACGAGGUGAACGAGGAUGAUGACGACGACGACGAGGAAGGCGAAGGCGAAGACGAUGACGAUGAGGAGAAGUUGGAGAAGGAGGCGCAUGAGUUCAUGCUGGAGCAGCAGGAGAAGCUGGAGCAAGAAAAAGAGGCCAUCAUGGACGACCGGUCGCUGGUGGCUGAGGAGAAACAGAAGCUCCUGGAAGAGAAGGAGAGGAUGAUGGGAGAUCUGAAGAAGGAGCAGGAGGCCACUGCGCUCCUCACCUCCAAGUUCAAGGCAAUGGAGAGUAAGCUUCUGGUUGGAGGAAAGAACAUCAUUGAUCACACCAACGAACAGCAGAAGAUACUGGAACAGAAACGACAAGAGAUUGCAGAGCAGACGCGUACAGAGCGGGAGAUGCAGCAGCAGAUGUUGAUUCAGGACGAGGAGACGCUAGAGCUGAGGGAAACGUUCACGUCUCUGCAACAGGAAGUGGAGGCAAAAACCAAAAAACUUAAAAAGCUGUACGCUAAACUGCAGUCGGUGAAAGCUGAGAUCCAGGAUGUGAACGACGAGCACGUCAGAACCAGACAGGAACUGGAGCAGACGCAGAAUGAGCUCACAAGAGAACUCAAGUUCAAGUACCUCAUAAUCGAGAACUUCAUCCCCCCAGAGGAGAAGAACAAGAUCAUGAACCGGCUGGUGUUUGAUGUCGACGAAGACCAGUGGAAAUUCCAACCUCUCGUUCCUGCCGAGAAUAAGUUUACUCAGAUGAAGAAGAGACCCACCUCCGCCGUGGGCUACAAGCGGCCUAUUAGCCAAUAUGCCAGGGUUGCCAUAGCGAUGGGAGCCAAUUCCAGAUACAGGGCUGAAAACAUCAUGCUUCUGGAGCUGGACACGACUCCGCCCACUCUGUUUCAAAUGGACUUCCCGGGUGUGGGGCCAGAGACGGAGCCAAGCCGAGACGCGCAACUGGACAACGCAUCGUACCGAGAGAAAGUAGCGGCCAGUCGGGUCAGGAAGUCCCAGUCCUGGUGUCAGGCUGCACGGCCCAUGUCUUCCUCAAGUUCGGUGCUCUCCCUGUCAUCCUCAGGGUCCAACGGUCUGGCACACCCCGUCAGCACCGCCAUGGCAACCGCCCACCAAUAA